CCCUUUGGAUAUAAAACAUGUUGAUUUCCAAAAGAAGCUGCUUUGUUGCCUUUGGGAACGAGACGUAACAACGAACAGACGGGGAAGGAGACAGAGGAGACUACAACUUAAAACAAGGAUUGUUUUGGAUCAUUUUUGACGAUUUUAUUCGGCUGUAACAGCGAAUCGAUGUCGUCACCGUGCCUCAGCAGCAUCUUGACUCAUGCCAACCUGACCAUGUAUCAGACCGGCUUACCUGACAUCCCACAACAGCAGCUCCAUGCGUCGCCCAACCUCAACACUCUGGAGAGCAGGAGCUACAACACCAGAGGUCAGUGGUACAAACAGAUGAGCCCUCAUUACUGGACGGCAGAGCACGUUCUUGAGUGGAUCAGUGACCAUGUGGAGAACACCAAGUUUGAUGCCAGCACGCUGAGCCUGGCUUUCUGCUCCAUGGACGGCCUCUCCCUCUGCCGCAUGAACCAGGAGGAGAUGACGAGAACCUUUGGCCCACAGCUCGGUCCACAUCUUCACCAAAGCUUGGAAGAAUACAAGACUGAACACGAGCUACAGAACCUCCCAGGACCAGAACUCAGUGAGACGUGCCAACUUCUGGAUAACUUCUUGGACAACUUGAACUUCCCUUUGCUGACCUCUCUCCGAAUCGGCCAUGAUGAUGAAGCUGAGAGCAGGAGAGACUUUGACUACCGGAGUGGUUAUGAUCUUAAUAGACUGACCAUGGAGACCAUGACGCCGCUGGAUGAGACCGAUUACCUCUCCGAUAAUCCUUCUGACAGUGAGAGCAGCUCUUCAGCCAACAGUGGCAUGUUUAGGUUCAUGAGCUCACCAGAGUCCGGCACCAGCGAAUCGGACCCAGAGUUCCCGUACCCAGUGUCAAAGAUCCACAUUAAGACGGAGGACGGAGAAUGUCGCAAGAAGAGGCCCCGAGGGCGGCCCCCUAAAAUCAACCGGGAGAACAGCAGCACCAUUUAUGACAACCCAAAGAAAAGCAAACAUGCACCCCGUGGUACCCACCUAUGGGAGUUCAUCAGGGACAUCCUCAUCCAUCCGGAGAAGAACCAGGGCCUGAUGAAGUGGGAAGAUCGUCGAGAGGGUGUGUUCAAAUUCCUCAAGUCCGAGGCCGUCGCUCAGAUGUGGGGUCAGAAGAAGAAGAACACCAGCAUGACAUACGAGAAACUCAGCCGGGCCAUGAGGUAUUACUACAAAAGAGAGAUUCUGGAGCGAGUGGAUGGAAGAAGACUUGUCUACAAGUUUGGAAAGAAUUCCAGUGGUUGGAAGAUUGAGGAGAUAGGCGCCAGCCACUGAGUGGAUAAAGGCCGCAAAGCCAACCAGAGCGGGAGUUCAGGAACCAGAAAAACCUGUCCUGCCUGGCUGGAAAAUGUCGUUACUAUCUAAAAAAAAAAAGUUUAAGACGAAACUUCCUCUUACAGGGAAGGUGUUGCAGAAAAUGUAAGCCAUUGUGUUUGGCUCUAGUAGGUUUUAUGAACCAAUAUUAAUGUUUUUUUUGUUUUUGUUUUUUCGUUUUAUAUUUUGAUCCUCGUCACAGAAACGGUAGACAUAGAUCCGCUCAUGUUUUGGAGUGCCUGCAAACUCCUUCAGCGUUUACUGUCAUCAAAGUUUAAACGUUCUGGGGUUUUUUCGGAUUCGGAGCGAACUAGUCUCUGUCUUGCCGUCUUACGUUUUUGUUGUAGUACAUGGGAACGAAUUUGUUUCUAUAUCUAGUUUUCUUUCAUGUUCUGUCAUGUUUCCAUCAAAGACAAACAGGUUGUGUCUCUAAAUAUUGGUAAAUGCAAAGACAGAAUGCAGAGAAAUGGAUGUAGGUGAUGUUUUUUCACGUGUCUGUACGACUUGUUAUAAAGUGUUUUUCACACCGUUUUUAUUCAACUGACGCUGCUUGUUUUCACAUAAAUAAUAAAAGCUUCACUCAUCA